CUAUUGAUAAUUUUUGCUAGAUGUUUAAGUUUUACCGGCGAAGAGAAGUUCAAAGUUUGAACUUUUUCGCAAGUAUAUUUUUCAUUCAUAAAAAUAUGUGCUUGGUGAAAAUUUCACCGAAGUGCUGUUCCUUUUCUGGAUUAUCAAUAUGACCUAUGCAGUAAAGCAUUUUUUCUCUUUUUGUUUGGCAGUAGCUCAAUGUUUUCCAAUAUUCAUACUCAUUCAUUGUGGUAAAAGUGAACAAAUAAGCUGUGAUAAUACCCAAAUAUGGGGUCCUGGUUUGGACCCUGAAAAUGUGAUAAUGCCGGCUCGUUAUUUCUUUAUUAAAUGUUAUGAUUUCAAUAAUAAUAGUCUAAACUUAUCCCCUGGAAAAGACAUUUAUCAAGUGCAGAUAUCCGGUGACAAAGAGCCCAUUUGUAGAAUCUGGCUCAACAUUUUGGAAUCAAAAGAUGGCUUAUUUAUCGUGCGAUACAAAGUACUCAGUGCGUGUAAAAAUUUACGAAUCUCUGUCAAAUGCAAAGGAAAAGAGUUACCUAUUUCUCCAGUCAAGUUUACCGGUAACACGUAUCCGGAUGAUUGCUCGUGCCUAGUUAAUGAAGACGUCAAUAAUUGGAUGGAAAAAUAUAGGUGUGGAAAAGAUUUCAGUCAAAUUCGAAAGGAUUUAGACAAAUUUGAUGAUAUAGAUUUCGAUUCCCUGUUGCCUACCGCUGAAAAAACUCUGUUUAAAGAUGCUCUGAGUAAAAGUGUUUGUCAUUACCUAAUUAAAAAUAAUAAGAUAUACAGAAAUUGCCACGGUCAAUACACUGGUUUCAAAAUGUUCAUGGAUGCAAUUUUAUUAUUUUUCUCGCGAAAAGUACGAUUACCAGAUAUGGAAAUGCUCGUCAACCUCGGUGAUUGGCCACUAAUCAAGAAAAGCUCUUCUAACGAUACGAUUUUACCUUUAUUUUCAUGGUGUGGUUCUGAUGACACUCAUGACAUUGUGAUGCCAACUUAUGACAUAACGGAGUCUUCUUUAGAAAACAUGGGACGAGUUACGCUGGAUAUGCUGUCAGUUCAAGGGAAUAUUGCAAAAACAUGGAAUGAUAAAAUUGAGAAAUUGUUUUGGAGAGGACGAGACUCCAGCAGAGAACGAUUACAUUUGAUUAGUCUUUCUCGUCAGCAUAAUGAUAUCAUUAAUGCAUCGCUGACUGAUUUUUUCUUUUUUAAAAACUUGGAAAACGAAUACGGUCCUAGAGAAAAACGUAUUUCUUUUUUCGAUUUUUUCGAUUAUAAAUACCAGAUUAAUUUAGAUGGUACCGUGGCUGCGUAUAGAUUUCCGUACUUAUUGGUAUCCGAUUCAUUGAUAUUCAAGCAAGACUCGCCAUAUUACGAGCACUUUUAUAAAGAUCUGACGGAAUGGAAACAUUUUGUGCCAGUAAAGCGAGACUUGUCGGAUCUUGUUGAAAAAGUUAAAUGGGCACUUGCUAAUGAUGAAGAAGCUCGCGAAAUCGCCCAGAAAGGUCAAGAAUUCGCUAGAAAUAAUUUAUUACCACACGACAUUUUUUGUUACCAUAUUCAGUUAUUCAAAGAGUACAGCAAGAAAUUCGUUGCGAAAAAUAUCACCGUGAGGCCAGGCAUGGAAGAAGUAAAACAAAAUAAGAUGCAAAAGCAAUGCCAGUGCGAGGAUUCAAAGAAAACAUCAUCUUCUCGUACUUUCGAAGAUCUAUAAUGUGUUUUUCAACACCAACUUUUUCAUCGUUCCAUUUUUGUAUCUAACACGAUUGCUUUUGAAAUUAAUUCCAUUAAAUCUCUUUCAAAAACUUGUA